UCAAAAUCCCGAUCAGGAAGUCACUUAUAUCGCUAAACCGAGAUAUUUUCCUCUCUAUCGUCAUGCUCUAGCUCGUCGUCCUCACUCAUCUCAUCCACUCCUCUGCAGCCAUGGACCUCAUCCUCUCUUCCAAGACCCCAAACCCUUAUCUCCACCAUCUCCCUCCCCUCUCCCUCCCAUUUCCGUCUAUCAAGCUCUUUCCGGAGAGAGUUCUUUGGAUGCGGGAACCAUUCGAGGCUCCAUGACAGCCGACCAAGACGACGAUGUAGGAAACUACGGUUUCCACGCUACUCUUCCCCGCAGUGCCUCUCUCAAGAUUUCCCAGACCCUGUCCUUGUUGUCGCCGUUGCAUUCGUGGCUUUUACUGCGCUGCAAGUGAUUUAUCUGUAUUUGUCCCGAAGAAGGCGUGAAGCUGCGGAACUCUCUGAGGUGGAAAAUGUUGGUGUCCCUCUAAGCUAUGAAAUUCUCAGAUCAGGAAAGCAUAUUGUGAAGACUAAAGUUGUUAACACGUUCGAUUCAGAAGCAGGGUACAUCAUGAAGGAACCCAGUCUCAGAAUUCCUUCAAUUCAAACUGAUGCAGGAUUGGCUGACAUACCUUUGACCAAGGAGUUUGGUGGUUUAUCUGUGAUGCCUGAUGGCUUCGGUGUAAUUGAGCAAGAACAUUGUCUAUUCCAUAUCCCAGAAAUUCAGCAGGGAAGGCAACAGGAUGAUAUGGCAGUGUCUAAUAACCCUUUUAUGAAGAUGGGGAACAAGCCUGGUGGCAAUAUUACUUUAGAGAAUGGAGAUAGAGGGAGCAAUGCAGACAGUCGGCUUGAGCCUACUUCUGCGGUUGUCAACAAUAAUAGACCGCACAUGCAAUUGACCAGUGAUUUCACUGCUUCAAGUGCAAGAAAGCAACCUGAUGUAUCAAUGUUCAAAGAUUUCACUAUGGAGUUCUCUAAAUUUACUCUUCAGGAUGGCAAUGUUUCCCAUUCUCAAUUAAGAUCUUCACAAAAGAGAGCUGAUGUUCUGGUUAAAGCUUCUAUUUCUUCUGCAGAUUAUUCAGAAGCCCCAGUACCUGUGGCAUGCACCAAGGAAGUUUCUAUGAAUAAAGCAAAGCAUGUGACAAGUACCCGUGGCUUUACAAAAGAUACAAGGAAAAGACUUACAGAUAAAAGUCAUAAUAAGAAGCCUGGAUUCCCUCACUCUAAUGGUAGCCUUGUUAAAGAUGCACUUGAUCUGCCUGCCUACUUAAGAGCUUAUACUAGCCUCUUAAGAGAAUCCAGGUUACGUGACUGUCUGGAUUUGCUAGAAAGUGUGGACAGAAAGAGCUUAUUGGACAUGGACAAGAUUAAUCCUGUAAAGUUCCUGAAUGUCUGCAAAAAGCAAAAGGCCCUGAAAGAGGCAUUCCGUUUUGUUAAACUAAUCGAGAAACCAACACUAAGCACAUUUAAUAUGCUUUUGUCUGUAUGUGCAAGCUCACAGGAUUUUGAAGGAGCUUUCCAAGUUAUGCUGCUUGUUAAGGAAGCAGGACUAAAACCUGACUGCAAGCUUUACACUACACUGAUAUCAACAUGUGCUAAAUGUGGAAAAGUUGAUGCUAUGUUUGAGGUUUUUCAUGAAAUGGUCAAUGCUGGGGUGGAACCUAAUGUUAAUACGUAUGGUGCACUUAUUGAUGGUUGUGCCAGAGCUGGCCAAGUGCCUAAAGCAUUUGGUGCUUAUGGAAUUAUGAGAUCCAAGAGAGUGCAACCUGACCGUGUUAUAUUCAAUGCUUUGAUCACCGCAUGUGGUCAAUCGGGAGCAGUGGAUCGUGCAUUUGAUGUUUUAGCAGAAAUGAGGGCUGAACCAAAACCAAUAGAUCCUGAUCAUGUUACUGUUGGCGCUUUGAUGAGAACAUGCAUCCAAGCUGGUCAGGUUGAACGUGCUCAUGAAGUUUACAAAAUGCUUCAUGAAUACAACAUAAAAGGCACACCAGUUGUAUACACAAUAGCUGUCAGUAGCUGUAGCCAGACUGGUGAUCUAGAUUUUGCACUCAGUGUUUAUGAUGACAUGAAAAAGAAAGGAGUGAUGCCGGAUGAGAUGUUCUUCAGCACUUUGAUAGAUGUUGCUGGCCAUGCUGGAAAGGCAGAGGCAGCCUUUGAAAUCCUACAAGAUGCAAAAUCUAAAGGAGUACAAAUUGGAAUCAUGUCCUAUAGCUCAUUGAUGGGGGCUUGCUGUAAUGGAAAGAAUUGGCAGAAGGCACUUGAGCUAUAUGAAGAUAUCAAGGCUGUUCAAUUACUUCCAACUGUUUCCACACUUAAUGCUUUGCUCACUUCCUUAUGUGAUGGUGGCCAAUUACUGAAGUCUAUUGAAGUUCUUGAUGAACUGAGGGAUGCAGGAGUGCAACCAAAUGAAAUUACAUAUUCUAUUCUCAUAGUGGCGUGUGAAAAGAAGGAUGAGGCAGAAUUAGGCUUCAUGCUGCUCUCAAAGGCCAAAGAGGACAGGAUUCUUCCUAACCUCAUAAUAUGCCGGUGCUUGACUGGUUUGUGCCUACGAAGUUUUAAGAAGGCCUAUUCCAUUGGCGAGCCUGUAAUUUCAUUUGAUGGUGGAAGACCCCAUAUUGACAACGAAUGGACAUCACGUGCAAUAAUGGCCUAUCGUGAAACAAUUGCUGCUGGUGUGAUACCUACAAUUGAAGUCUUUUCUCAAGUUUUAGGUUGUUUGCAGUUUCCCCGUGAUUCUGCAGCGAAAGAAAGAUUUUUCCAAAAUUUAGGGGUCAGUGUUGACGCUCCACGGUCAAGUUUGUAUUCCUUGCUCGAUGGCUUUGGAGAAUAUGAUACCAGAUCAUUUUCUGUGCUUGAGGAAGCUACUUCAUUGGGUGUGAUUCCACGAGGCUCCUUCAAGGAUGGUCCAAUUGUUGUUGAUGCAAGGAAGUUUCAGAUUCACAUCGUUGAGGUUUAUAUAUUAACAAUCUUGAAAGGUUUGAAGCAUCGGCUGGCUGCUGGUGCAAAGCUACCAAAUAUCAUCAUCUUAUUACCAACAGAAAAAACAAGAAUUGAGUCUGCCAAUGAAGAGAGAACAAUCAACCUUGCUGGGAGGGUUGGUCAGGCUGUCUGUUCCUUAUUGAGGAGGUUAGAACUUCCUUACAUCGGAGAUGAAUCAUACGGAAAGAUACGGAUAAACGGUUUGAUUCUAAGAAGGUGGUUCAAACCCAAGCUUAUGGACCUGUCUUAUACCGGAAGACCAUUCGGGAUUAAUUCUUUACCAACGCGCUUAGCCAAAGGAAUCACUGAGCAGCAGCGCAACAUUCGCAACUUCAACAAUCUGUCUAUUGAACACUAUGGAUAGAUGCCAAUUGCUGAUCGUCAGCCUUUAUGUCAUGAUCAGUUAGAAUGGCCAAACUUAACUUGAAGAAAGCUUUUUAGUUUUUGAAGGAAAUAAUUUUCUUCUUUCACUUCAACCUGUCACAAUGGGCAGGAGCUCCCUCUGAUCUUCUUAGAUGUCUUUCAAAUAAGGCUUGGAAACUCCUACUGAUGCAUUCAGCAUUUUCUGAUGAAACUUUUGGGAGUUCAUACUGGGCCUACUUUCCUAAAGCCUGCCUGGUGACACAACUCUUUGGAGGCCAGUAUGAGUGUUUGAAUCAAAGACAAAUAACUAUUUUUUCUGACAGAUUUCUAAAUUUGUUUUUACUUUUAUUAGCUUUGGCUGAUUAUGCUCAUACUGUGUACCAUUUGUUCCAUUUUAGCAUUUAUUAAAUGUGCCCUCUUGUAUUCAGUUAUCCAAAAUUGAAAUUACCUGUAAUUUGGUUUAUGUUUGGAUUUGUUGUCGGUUGGUAAGUUUUUGGACUUUUAUCAGGCAAAAGAAGAGAUAAAACUGCUUUCGCAUUGUCCGUACGUGACAUGCAU